AAUAAACAGAAAAAGUAUUGUUGGAGUUACUUUUCUGGUUGUAUUGGCUGAAGUUACUAUAUAUGAUCAUUUUAGUUAUUUUUACAUACGAAGUAUAAUUUUUUCUGUAUUUUAUUAAUAAAAUAUAUUUUAAAAAUAAUUUUUUCUUAAAUUAGCAGAAUCAACCAAUGCAGCCACUUCACCCAGAACUUCAUAAAUUUCAGCAGAAUCAGCCAAAACAGCCGAUUUUCGUGCUACCAAACGCCUCAUACUUGCCUUAGGACUUUCUUGGAUUUUCUUGGAUUUUACACCUUAAUUAUGCUUCUUUACUUGUUAGAUUUUUUUUCCUUCUCAGACCUCCUUUUAGCCGAUGGUUCAGCUGUUUAACUUCCACUUCUCCAAAAUAGAAUUUUUUCUUAAAAUAAUGUCAAAUAAAAAAAUAUUUCCCAAAAUAAGGUUAGUUUAAAAAUAUUUUCCAAAAUACUACUCGCCUAAACUCUGGUUGAAGAGCCGCCACUUGAAGUGGGGGCUUAUAUACGAAACUAGAAACGCAAGAGGAAUCACGCAGGAGGAAGAGAAAUGAGAUGGGCCCUGUGAAAGUAUAUUAGAAUAUACUUUAGAAUAUGCUUUAGAAUAUAUUAGGAAUAUACCAUAUAUAGUAUUAUUGUAUAGCAUCUUUUAUAGGAAUAUUCUAUCUUUGUAAUCUAUAUUUAUAGGGCUUUACCCUCCAAUGAAAUACACAGAAAAUCUUUCCUCCACUCUUCAAUAUUAUUCUAGUUUAUAUUUCAACAUGGUAUCAGAGCCUUUCACUUCAGUUUAGUUUUUUUUUUCAGAUUUCAAUUUAGUUUUUCACACUCAGUUCUUUCUCAAAGAACUUGAGUUCAAUUUCAGAACCUCUGUGCACCAAUCUGUGUACAAGAAACUCAACCCAAACAGAACCUCUCUACACAUAAUCACCAUUACCCAGAACCUCUAUUCAGAACCUUAGUUCAAUCUCAGAACCUCCUAUACCUCAUAUUCUUCCCCGAACCUCUUCCCACAAGCUUUUGCCAGAACCUCAGAUCUCAGAAGCAACUGGGUAUCCUACAAUCCUGUUCAACCUCCCUCAUCCUCUGGUUCUCCUGCCUCCGUCGACUGAACACCCGAAGUUCGCACGCCCAAAUCAUUGUGCGUGAGUGACACGCGCCGCCGGAAAAUUCCGCAGCCAACUCACGCGCCGGCGCGUGACGCCGUGUUUCUGGCCGGAAACUGAUCGGAACUCUUCGCCUUAAACUCGCCUGAAAGUCCUCUACCAGGUAUACUUUACUUAUCUCGGUCUUUUUUCAUCAAGGGGCGAGUAUCUGUCGUUGGUUGCUGGAGUCUGACAUCGGACAUCUCUGGACGGAUAUUUGGGGAUACCGGCUCCAUCUGUGGACUUCCGCUGCUCCACUCUAGUUGUUGUUCGCAUCUCCUGGCGCCUGGCAUAUUUGUACACAUCCGAUGCUUCCUUUGGUUGUUCGCACAUGCUGGGGCUUGCAUCAGACGGACACAUCUCUAGCUUGAAAUUAAGUAUGCAGUCCGUAGCAGUCAAGGCCCAGGUUGGAUAUUUAAUUCUCCAAAUUUUUUAGUCCACACGGGAACUGCUGUAAGAUUUCACAAUAUCUCAAUUUUUUUAAGUAUCUAAUUACUAUCUUUAACACACACACACACACACACACACACAAAAGUUAAAAAAAAACAAAAAAAAGUUAGAAAAAAAAUGAAAAAAAAAGUUAUGUCUUGUACGAGUGGAUUUGACAGAGGAGUAAUAUGCAAUUAUUGCAAAAAGCCCGGACACUUGAUCAAAGAGUGUAGGAAAUUGAUGUUCAAAAAUCGAGGAAAUCAGCCUGCUCAUAUUGCUUCCGCUACCAGUUCAUUUGACGGAUCAGUUGUUAUUUCUUCAGACGAGUAUGCCAAACUUAAUUGCUACCAAGAAUCUCUAAAGCAUUCAUCUAUCCCUAUCUCUGUAGCCGCGAAUUCAGGUAUUUCAGCCACAUGUCUUGUUUCAUCAUCCUUGAAAUGGGUCAUUGACUCAGGUGCCACAGAUCAUAUGACCGGUAAUCCUAGUCUAUUCUCGUCAUUUCAUUCAUAUUUACCUUCUUCUAGUGUCACUUUAGGUGAUGGAUCUACCUCACCAGUUCUUGGAUCCGGUACCGUUGUCCCAACUUCUACAUUACCAUUAUCGCCUGUUUUGAGUCUUCCUAAUUUUGCAUUUAAUCUUGUUCUGUAACAUUUUUUCCUAGAUAUUGUGUGUUUUAGGAUCUGUUAACGAAGCAGACUAUUGGUAAAGGACAUGAGUCAGCUGGUCUUUAUAUUUUGGAUACAUCAAUCACAAAAGGUAUCUCUUGUCUUGGGGUUGGCACUUUGUUAGAUGCUCAUUACCGAUUAGGACAUCCAUCUCUCCCAAUAAUGAAGCAAAUAAAUCCCCAAUUUAAUAAGAUGACCUCUUUACAAUGUGAGUCAUGUCAAUUUGCGAAACAUCAUCGUACUAGCUUAAGCCCUCGAGUUAAUAAACGAGCAAAUGCUCCAUUUGACCUUGUUCACUCUGAUGUUUGGGGUGCUUGCCCAGUUGUGUCUAAAGCUGGUUAUAAAUAUUUUGUUACCUUUGUUGAUGACUAUUCUCGUAUGACAUGGUUGUAUUUCAUGAAACGUCGAUCUGAGUUGUUCACUCAUUUUUCUUCCUUUUGUGCUAAAAUUAAAACUCAGUUUAACGUUCCUGUUCGGGUGUUAAGAGGGGACAAUGCCCAAGAAUAUCUAUCUGCUACAUUUAAGUCAUUUAUGUUUCAGCAUGGCAUUAUUCAUCAAACUUCAUGUGUUGACACACCUCCUCAAAAUGGGGUUGCAGAACGAAAGAACCGACAUCUGCUAGAAACUGCAAGGGCUCUUCUAUUCCAAAUGAAUGUGCCUAAACAGUUUUGGGCCGAUGCUGUGUCUACUGCAUGUUUUUUGAUAAAUCGUAUGCCAUCUUCUGUUUUGAAUGGUAAAGCUCCUUAUCAUUGUCUAUUUCCAAACAAAGAGCUUUUUUCUAUCCCACCUAAAAUAUUUGGUUGCACUUGUUUUGUUAGAGAUGUUAAUCCUCAUCUUACAAAGUUAGAUCCCAAAUCAUUAAAAUGUGUUUUCUUGGGUUAUUCUCGAGUCCAAAAGGGGUAUAGAUGUUUUUGUCCGAGUACUGGUCGGUACCUUGUUUCUAUUGAUGCAUCAUUUCAUGAAAAUACACCUUUUUCAUCAUUUAAGGCAGAUAUUCAUGAGAGUAAUGAUGAUAUUCUCAUUUACACGAUGACUAUUCCCGAGUCCACAAUUUCGACAAAUAUUCCACAAGUUACUGUUCCUGACCCUAGGCCUCCCGUACAUUUGGUAUACACCCGUCGACACAAAGCACCUGAUCACUCUCCACCGGCGAUACCCGUGAUUACAUAUCCUGAUACUAGUUCGACUCCGAUCUCAUGUCCUGAACCAGUACCUGCAUCUUCAGAUCUUGUCUCCACAUCAGAUCUUGACCUCCCAAUAGCACUACGUAAAGGUACACGGUCUUGUACUCAUCCUAUUUCUUCGUUUGUGUCGUACAAUCAGUUAUCUCCUGCUUCAUGUUCUUUUAUUGCUUCCAUUGAUUCUAUUUCUAUUCUCAAAUCUGUCAAAGAAGCUUUGUCUCAUCCUGAAUGGCGUCAUGCCAUGGUAGAGGAAAUGAAUGCUUUAGAUCUUAAUGGUACUUGGGAUUUGGUUGACUUGCCUACAGGGAAGAAAUCUAUUGGAUGUAAGUGGGUCUUUGCUGUUAAGGUUAACCUAGACGGAUCUGUUGCUAGGUUGAAAGCCCGAUUAGUUGCGAAGGGUUAUGCUCAAACCUAUGGUGUUGAUUAUUCUGACACCUUUUCUCCUGUUGCUAAAUUAACAUCUGUCAGGUUACUUAUUUCACUCGCUGCAACUCAUGAUUGGCACUUACAUCAGUUGGACAUUAAAAAUGCAUUUUUGCAUGGUGACCUUAAGGAAGAAGUGUAUAUUGAGCAACCUCCGGGAUUUGUUGCUCAGGGGGGAGUAUGGUAAAGUUUGUCGACUUCGCAAAUCUCUUUAUGGUCUGAAACAGAGUCCUCGUGCAUGGUUUGGGAAAUUCAGUCAAUCAAUUGAACAAUUUGGAAUGAUAAAAGGCAAAUCAGAUCACUCUGUCUUUUACAAACAAACAGAAUCAGGUGUCACAUUGCUUGUGGUGUAUGUUGAUGAUAUUGUGAUUACAGGGAGUGAUAAUGUAGGUAUUUUGUCCCUUAAAAAUUUUCUGCAUAGUCAAUUCCAGACGAAAGAUCUUGGCUCUUUGAAAUACUUUCUGGGAAUUGAGGUAACACGAAGUUAGAAAGGCAUAUUUCUAUCUCAACGUAAAUAUGUACUUGACUUACUAGCUGAGACAGGGAAAUUAGGGGCAAAACCAAGUACAACACCCAUGGUUCCCAACGUGCAACUCGCUCAAGAAGGCACACCAUUUGAAGACCCAGAAAGAUAUAGAAGACUGGUUGGAAAGCUUAAUUAUCUCGCAGUCACUCGUCCAGAUAUUGCUUAUUCUGUGAGUGCAGUGAGUCAAUACAUGUCAUCUCCAACCAUUGAUCAUUGGGCUGCAGUAGAACACAUAUUAUGUUACUUAAAGGGUGCACCAGGACGAGGUAUUGUUUAUCAAAACCAUGAUCACAUGAGAAUAGAAUGUUUUGCAGAUGCUGAUUGAGCCGGUUCUAAAGAUGAUCGAAGAUCUACAUCUGGUUAUUGUGUCUUUGUUGGUGGUAAUCUUGUAUCUUGGAAGAGUAAGAAGCAGAAUGUGGUUUCUCGUUCGAGUGCCGAAUCAGAAUAUCGAGCCAUGGCACAAUCUGCAUGUGAGAUCAUAUGGAUAAGCCAUUUAUUGACCGAGCUCGGACUGAAGACAUCAAUGCCUGCUAAAUUGUGGUGUGAUAACCAAGCUGCUAUACACAUAGCAAACAAUCCUGUAUUUCAUGAGAGAACAAAGCAUAUUGAGGUCGAUUGUCAUUUUAUUCGAGAGAAGAUACAAAAAGGAUUGAUCUCUACAAGAUAUGUGAAGACUGGGGAACAACUUGGAGAUUUGUUCACUAAAGUACUAAAUGGAAUUCGAGUUGGUUAUUUAUGUAACAAGUUGGGCAUGAUAAAUAUCUAUGCUCCAACUUGAGGGGGAGUGUGAAAGUAUAUUAGAAUAUACUUUAGAAUAUGCUUUAGAAUAUAUUAGGAAUAUACCAUAUAUAGUAUUAUUGUAUAGCAUCUUUUAUAGGAAUAUUCUAUCUUUGUAAUCUAUAUUUAUAGGGCUUUACCCUUCAAUGUAAU